UUGUUUUCGCGAUUGGUUGUGCGUCGUGGUACUGUGCUCGGUCUUGUGACAAAGAGUUUAGUGCUGGCGAUUAAAAGUGACAAAGUUUUUAGUGCGGAAUACUUACUUCGUGAUGAUGGAGAUAGAAGUACACACACAGAAGUUGAUCAUAAUUUUUAUGUUCGAACAAGUGGAUAUGAAAUGAGUGACUACUUAAACUAAUGUGAUUAAAAUGUACUGUUCUUAGUACAAAUGAGCAGUAUUUUGUGACCAGCUGUGGAAGAUAGCUGGUACUAUGAGAGAUAAACUAACUCCAGCUGUUUCGUUCGUAGCAACAGCAGCCAAAAUCUACGAACUGUGCUAGUAAACAAUAAAUAGGCGAAAACUAAUAAUCGGCAGAUAUUCAACGAAAUCGCGUGCAAACUAUCAAGUAAACAAACCAUUCGCGUCUGAUUCUAAACAUCACAGUACGUGGAUCAUCAUCUAACUAGUACCUACAAGGAAAGGAAAAGGUCACAUCAUGACGAGAACUAGCAGUAUUGCGGCAGCAUUUAUUUGCAUACUACAUUUAGUCGCAGCUUCAGCACCUCAGCAGAAAAAGUGUGGCCUCUACGGGCAGGUACCGUGCACCUUCGUUCCGGCACCACCAGGAGUGACGCCUAAGUGUGCAUCACCCGGGAGCACCUAUUGCGAGCACAACGCCGACUAUCCUUCAUUUCUGAUCCAACAGUUAGUCACCAGGAUGGGCUUGCAACGCAUCUUGGCGAACGAGGAACGCGUGCAGUUCAACGCAAAUCAUCAAGGGGACGAGCAGCGUCGUCAUCUUCACUAUCGACACUACUACGGUCCCGAUAUGCAGAGUGGACCAGCAGAGAAAAAAACCACCACCCAUGAAGGUUACACCUAUGAGCAUCCCAAACAGCAGCAACAGCUGCACUAUCAACCGAACGCCAUUAAGGUUGGUUACGACCAGAAACCAUCAACAUCACUGGUGCCCCAACCAAUCUACAUCCCGAAACCGCAGCAUUCGUUUAAUUACAACACCUACGUGCGAUCUCCGGUGGUUCAUAAAGUCGAGACCACGGCCACUUUCAGCGGUUAUUUCUAUCCUCGCCCCGUCACUCAGUACAGCCCUGCCGAGUGGUUGAAAAGGUUCGCGCGUGAUCUCAGUGAUCAACGAGCGGCGAAAAAAUCCAACCGGCGAUCAUCGCCCAGUCCGAACGAACUGAUCCCGACUCCCUUCCGGUUGCCCCCGGAGCUGGAGAUUAAACCAUCACCGUUCCGGCCGGCUUCGUUCGGUCUGCUGCUGAUGAACGAGACAACCUAUCGUGACAGUUUGGCUCGAUCGCGCCAGAAGCGACAGACCACGGACGGACGGACGCAGCUCUGUCAGACGCGGGAAAUGUUCGUUACGCCUCAGGCGGCGCUUAACACGAAAGGCAACUGGAUGUACGUCGUCAAUCAUGACGAAUCACGACAGCUGGUGAAGGCGGAAAUUUGUUCGUCAACGGAGUGCUCCAAUCUGUGCAAUUUGCCAAAUGGGUACAACUCCAGGUGUGAGCAGAAGUUCUCGCAGAAGCGGUUAUUGACCCUGGACAGUGACGGGCAGAGUCUGUACGUCGACACCUACUGGUUUCCGAGCUGCUGCGUGUGUACCCUGGCGGAAAACAACUGAGACGUUGUGCAAGGGGGGAGGGGCGGCAGCUAUUCCAGGAUUCGGUUCCGGGUGCGUGCCAGCACAAUGACUGGUAAGUUUCUCGAUAUCCAACAGGUAGAACAAUCAACUGUACGAAUUUUAGAUCAAGCGUUAAAUUAUUAUUGUGACAAUUUGAUUACCUCGAAGCUAAGCUAGGAAGUAAGCAGUGCAAUUGUGAUUUUUAUUUUUAAUUUUAUACAUUAGUUGCUGUUAGUAGUGUAGGUUAAGGCUUUCAUUUAUCUUCGCGAUGCUACU